AUGCCAUUCUGGAGAAAAGAUCCAGCUAAAAAAGAACUUUAUACAAGUGUUACUGAAGGUUUAAAACAAGUCUAUAAAACAAAAUUAUUACCACUUGAAGAAGCAUAUAGAUUUCAUGAAUUUCAUUCAUCGCAACUUGAAGAUAGUGACUUUUCAGCUAAGCCGAUGGUGCUUCUUGUCGGACAAUAUUCAGUUGGUAAAACGACUUUCAUUCGUUAUUUAUUAAAUGAAGAUUUUCCUGGCAUUCGUAUUGGACCAGAACCAACAACGGACUCGUUUAUUGCCAUAAUGCAUAAUGAACGGCCUGGUGUUGUACCAGGCAAUGCAUUAGUUGUCGAUCCGUCGAAACCAUUUCGUCCAUUAUCAAAAUUUGGCAAUGCAUUUCUAAAUCGUUUUGUUUCUUCACAAAUAAAAAAUGAAAUUCUCGAAACAAUCACAUUUGUUGACACACCUGGUAUUCUAGCUGGAGAAAAGCAACGUGUUGAUCGUGGUUAUGAAUUUAGUCAAGUUCUCGAAUGGUUUGCUGAUCGGUCCGAUCGAAUUUUACUUCUAUUUGAUGUAACAUCAUUGGAUAUCUCAGAUGAAUUAAAACGAGCUAUUGAAGUUCUACGACGAAAUGAUGAUAAAAUACGUAUUGUAUUAAACAAAGCCGAUUCAGUUGAUCAACAAUCAUUAAUGCGUGUUUAUGGAGCUUUAAUGUGGUCAUUGGGCAAAGUACUUGGCACGCCGGAAGUUUGUCGUGUUUAUGUUGGAUCAUUUUGGUCAAGACCUUUAACUUUCGAUACGAAUCGACGUCUAUUCGAAUUGGAAACGAAAGAUUUAUUUAAUGAUUUAGAAUCUUUACCACGAACAGCAACUCUUCGAAAAUUAAAUGAUUUAAUUAAACGUGCACGAUUAGCUCGAGUGCACGCUUUAAUUAUCAGUGAAUUAAAAGACCAGAUGCCAAGUGUAUUUGGUAAAGAUUCAAAACGUAAAGAAUUAAUCAAUAAUUUGCAUUUAGUUUAUGAAAAAAUUGAGCGUGAGCAAAAUAUUCCAUUAGGUGAUUUUCCAAAAAUAGACCGUAUGCAAGACAUAUUACGGAAUAUGGAUUUCACAAAAUUUCGGCCAUUGGAUCGAAGAUUAAUUGAACGUAUCGAUAAAAUGUUAUCGGAAGAUGUACCAAGAUUAAUGAGCAUGAUACCACAAGAAGAACAUGCUUACUUACAAUUAAAUUCCCAAUCCGAAAGUGGAAAUGCGUCAUCCGGAAAUACCAUAUUUAAUGAUCAACAGGAAACACCAUUUUCAAUUGGUGGUAUUGAAGGUAUCAAUGCUGGAAUUGGCGAACAUGAAUGGAUUGUUGAACGAUCAAGACAUGAAUAUGAUCAAGUCUUUGUUCAACUUUCGCCACAAAAUGGAAAAAUUACGGGUGCAUUCGCCAAACAAGAAAUGAUUAAAUCUAAACUUCCAAAUAAUGUACUUGGUCGUAUAUGGAAAUUAAGUGAUAUUGAUAAAGACGGGAUGCUUGAUAUUGACGAAUGGGCAUUGUCUCAACAUCUUGUUAAAAUUAAAUUGGAAGGCCAUGAACUACCCAAUGUAUUACCCGAUCAUCUUAUACCGCCAAGUAAACGUCAUUUAAUUAAUAAGACAGAUAACAGUGCAGGUUCAACGUAUGGAAACAAUGGACUUUAUCCAAAUGUUGCUAGCAAUAACACAAGCGGUUAUAUUUGA